AUGCCUUCUCCAGAUACGCAGGAGGUUGCUGCCUCCGUUCAAGAUGCUGAACCCCAAAGUCCUCUGCAAGAUGCGACUGACCCAACGGAACAUGACUUGCGGGCUGAUCGGGAGGAUCCCGUGACGACAAACGCGACCUUUAAUGGACAAAUUGUUAAUGGCUCCGCUCCAUUAGUGUCAGCUGAAGAGAUAGAAGAUGGACAAGGGGUGAUACAAUCAUCUGAAACAACCAAUGCGAAUGCGCCCUCUGAUUCCCAUACCAGUUCUCCCAACCGACCCCAAUCACCAAACUCUACUACACCACAUUCAAACGGUGCUAUCCUCAGUCGGAAACGAUCUCGAUCAGGUUCUAUAAUACGCUCUACAUCCCCUCCACCACCAACUGCCCUCCCCGUCCGUACCCGCGAAACGGCAGCAGAUAAAAUAUUACUCGAACAAUAUGUUCACCGUGAAUUCCACCACUCUGCGAUAAUGGCUUGGAAAAAUCCGUAUCAGGAGCUUCUCCAACAGAAGCGCGCGGAAAGAGAUUACUAUCUAUCCCUACAACCCGAGCGCCAAGAGAAUCCGGGUGCAAUAUUCGGUUCCGGAUAUGAAGGGUUCGGAAACGCGCGAACAGAUCUGAAAUCACAACAUCCCCAACUUCUCUAUCCCAUUAAUCGAAGACGACCUGGUGGAAGGAAAGCAAAGGACAUUCGCAUCUCGCGGGAUGAUAUGCUUACACAAGCAGAACAGCUUGAAGAUUUGGUUCCCAUCCGUCUAGAUAUCGAUUGGGACAAGAUUAAACUGCGAGACACAUUUACCUGGAACCUCCAUGACCGAGUCACUCCGCCAGAUGUGUUUGCAGAAAAGUUGGUUGAGGACUUGGGCCUUCCUUUAGAAUCUUGUGGACCAUUAGUGCGCCAGAUCUCUCAAAGCAUCCAGGACCAGCUGGCAGACUUCUAUCCUCAGGUAUUUAUUGAGGAGGAACCUCUAGACCCUCAUCUACCCUACCACGCCUAUAAAAAUGACGAGAUGCGUAUCCUUGUCAAACUUAACAUCACCAUCGGCCAACAAACACUCGUCGACCAAUUCGAAUGGGAAAUUAACAAUCCACUUAAUUCCUCCGAAGAGUUCGCCAUCCAAAUGACCAAAGAUCUCUCUCUGCCAGGAGAAUUCAUGACAGCCAUCGCCCAUUCCAUCAGAGAACAAAUCCAACUAUUUACCAAAAGCCUCUACAUCCUCUCCCACCCCUUCGAUGGCCGACCCAUCGAAGAUCCAGACCUCAAAGCCUCCUUCCAACCAUCCCCCCUCCCCUCUCCCUUCCGCCCCUUCCAAUCUGCCAAGGACUUCACCCCAUACCUCUACGAGCUCAACGAGGCCGAACUCGAACGCACAGAAGUCUCCAUAUCGCGCGAACAGCGACGUCAAAAGCGCUCCGUCAACCGUCGUGGCGGCCCCGCCCUGCCCGAUCUCAAAGACCGCCAACGCACCAUUCGUACCAUGGUUGUGUCGUCUGUCAUACCGGGCGCGGCAUCCUCGAUCGAAGACAGCCGCCUCUUCAAGCGCUCAGGCACGAGCAGGAGUCGACGAGCAGCUGCCGGCCAGCGUGAUGGGAUGGAUGAUUCGGAUGAUUCGGACAGCGAAGAGUCUUCCGCAGAUUCACCUGCCGUCUCGCAUCUUUCGCAGGGCACACCUAGGACGAGAGGUAUGCGUGGUGCAGCAUCUGUUGCGCAGGCAGCUAUGCGCGCCAACCUCGUACGCUCUGCCACGCCUGAAGUCACAAACCUGCACGAGUCGAGAAGCGCAGCGCGACGGAAGGAUUAUCGAGAUGACAGCUCUGAUAUACCUGAUAAACUCAUUGUGAAGUUGAAGAUUGGGCGGGAUAAAUUUCGGCAGUUUUUGAAGGAUAUGAAGAGUGGUGGUGGCCCUGGUGGUUCUGGUAGUUCUGGUGCGGGUACUAAAAGUAGGCCGUCGAUCGCGACGGCAUCGACGCCUUCGUCGGCUACAAAGGGCACGACGCAUUCAAAUACUACAACGCGCAGUUCGAUGGGGCCCCCACAAUCCCAGUCUUCAUCUACUGUACCAGCGUCCAAAAAACCGACCGCAUCACAACUUAAUGGUGUUAUAGAUGCACCGACACCGCCCCAACCAGGUGUACCAGGGGUACGUAUCUACGUUUACCCAACUAACAACCUAACCCCUUCAACCCCAAAUCCCAACCCCACCUCUCCCAAAAUCGUCUUAACCACACACCCCCCCCCCCCCCCCCAAAAAUAA